AUGAACUUCACAGUGGGUUUCAAGCCGCUGCUAGGGGAUGCACACAGCAUGGACAACCUGGAGAAGCAGCUCAUCUGCCCCAUCUGCCUGGAGAUGUUCUCCAAACCGGUGGUGAUCCUGCCUUGCCAGCACAACCUGUGCCGCAAGUGUGCCAACGACGUCUUCCAGGCCUCGAAUCCUCUGUGGCAAUCCCGGGGCUCCACCACUGUGUCUUCCGGGGGCCGUUUCCGCUGCCCGUCUUGCAGACAUGAGGUUGUCCUGGACCGACAUGGUGUCUACGGCCUGCAGCGAAACCUGCUAGUGGAGAACAUCAUAGACAUUUACAAGCAGGAGUCUUCUCGGCCAUUGCACUCCAAGGCUGAGCAGCACCUCAUGUGUGAGGAGCAUGAAGAGGAGAAGAUCAAUAUCUACUGCCUGAGCUGUGAAGUGCCCACCUGCUCUCUCUGCAAGGUCUUUGGUGCCCACAAGGACUGUGAGGUGGCCCCGCUGCCCACCAUUUACAAACGCCAGAAGAGUGAGCUCAGUGAUGGCAUCGCGAUGCUGGUGGCGGGCAAUGACCGUGUGCAAGCCGUGAUCACACAGAUGGAGGAGGUGUGCCAGACCAUUGAGGACAACAGCCGGAGGCAGAAGCAGUUGCUAACCCAGAGAUUCGAGACUCUUUGCGCGGUGCUGGAGGAGCGGAAGGGGGAGCUGCUGCAGGCGCUGGCGCGGAAGCAGGAGGAGAAGCUUCAGCGAGUCAGGGGCCUCAUCCGCCAGUACGGAGACCACCUGGAGGCGUCCUCUAAACUCGUGGAGUCCGCCAUCCAGUCCAUGGAGGAGCCGCAGAUGGCGCUCUACCUACAGCAGGCCAAGGAGCUGAUCAAUAAGGUCGGGGCAAUGUCAAAGGUGGAGCUGGCAGGACGGCCAGAGCCAGGCUAUGAAAGCAUGGAGCAAUUCACCGUGAACGUGGAGCACGUGGCCGAAAUGCUGAGGACGAUAGACUUCCAGCCAGGCGCUUCCGGGGAGGAAGAGGAUGAGGAGGUGGUGUUGGACGGGGAAGAGGGCAGCGCUGGGCCAGAGGAAGACCGGCGGGAUGGGCCGGAAGCUCCUUUCACUGCUCACUCCAUCAGCCUCGGCUUCGGAGUCGACCCCAUCACCAUCCUGCCCUUCUACCGAUCUGGGACCAGUUGGGAGGAGGAAGUGAAUUGA